UCUCGCCGGUCCUGAAGGACCCCGCCUCCUUCCGCGCCGCCAUCAGCCUCCUGGCGCGCCACCUGAAGAAGAUGCACGGCAGCCGCAUCGAUUACAUCGCAGGCCUAGACUCCCGAGGCUUCCUGUUCGGCCCCUCCCUGGCCCAGGAGCUGGGCCUGGGCUGCUUGCUCAUCAGAAAGCGGGGGAAGCUGCCAGGCCCCACCGUGUGGGCCUCGUAUGCCCUGGAAUACGGGAAGGCUGAGCUGGAGAUCCAGAGAGAUGCCCUAGAACCCGGACAGAAGGUGGUUGUCGUGGACGACCUGUUGGCCACUGGUGGAACAAUGCAUGCAGCCUGUGAGUUGCUGGGCCGCCUGCAGGCUGAAGUGCUGGAGUGCGUGAGCCUGGUGGAGCUGACUUCCCUCCAGGGCCGGGAGAAGCUGGGCUCCGUGCCCUUCUUCUCCCUCCUGCAGUACGACUGACUGAAGAGCCAUGCCAGCCCAA